UGUUUAGAGAAGAUGAACAGCUGCACCAUGUGCCAGGAGCUUCUCAGAGCCAAGUCCAUAGGUAAAGAGCAUGCCUUCGAACAUGAGCAUUACAUGUGUGGAGGGAUUUUUUUCCUGUUGUAACCUGGAUGCCUGGGGCAGUCAAGAUGAGUUGGGGCAACUUGGUACCUGCUCUCCAGCUCCUGCUCCUGUUCAUCGGGCUUUCUCUGCUGUCUUUGGUAGACACAUAUGGGUUCAAUAAGUGCACACAGUAUGAAUUUGAUAUUCACCAUGUGUUCUGCAUUCGGAAGAAGAUCACCAACUUGACAGAUGCCAUUAGUGACAUACCUGGAUACACUACUCACCUCAACCUGACGGAGAACUACAUUGAAAUCCUUCCUGCCCGGAGCUUCACUAAUGUGCCUGCUCUGCUGGACUUGAGACUAGAGUGGAAUUUCAUUUGGAAGAUCGAUGAAGGUGCCUUCAGGGGACUGGAAAACUUGACCCUUCUGAAUUUAGUGGAAAAUAAGAUUCAAAGUGUGAAUAACUCGUUUGAGGGCCUGUCCAACUUGGAGACCUUGCUCCUGAACCACAAUCAGAUUACCCAUAUUCACCAAAAAGCCUUUGCUCCUCUGGUCAAGUUGAAAUAUUUGAGCCUAGCUCGAAACAACAUUAGCAAUUUUUCUGUUAUUCUUGAAGCAGUCCAGUAUCUCCCGUGCCUGGAGUACCUUGAUCUUACUAACAACAGCAUUAUCUACUUGGACCACAGUCCUAAGUCGUUGGUUUCUCUGCUCCACCUGAGUUUCCAGGGGAACAAACUAAUGGAGUUAAACUUCUCUGCCUUGUCACUGCCUAACCUAACCACUCUAAGUGCUUCCCAGAAUGGCCAUGGCGUCAUUCAGAAUGUGUAUCUGGAAACUCUGCCCCAACUCAGGAGCUUGAAUCUGAGUGGAACAUCAGUGAAACUAGAGAUGCUUUCAGCCAAACACCUGCAGAAUAUAAGGGUUAUAGACCUCAGUAACCGGGAGCUUAGACAUGGUCACUUAAAUGUGAAAACUGUUUGUCACCUCCUCAGAAACCUACCCAUGUUAGAGGCGCUGGUUUUUCAGAAAAAUGCCAUCAAUUCGGAGGGCAUUAAGCAUCUAGCAAAGUGUACCAGGCUUUUGUUCCUUGACCUGGGCCAAAACAGUGACUUGGUUCAUCUCAAUGACAGUGAGUUUGACGCUCUACCCAGUCUCCAAAGACUGAAUCUAAACAAGUGCCAGCUUUCCUUCAUCAGCAACAGGACCUGGAGUUCCCUGCAGAACUUGACCAUCCUAGAUCUGAGCCACAACAAGUUUAAAAGCUUUCCAGAUUUUGCGUUUUCACCCUUGAAGGGCCUGAAGUAUCUCUUUCUCUCAAGAAACCCCAUCACAGAACUCAAUAACCUGGCCUUCAGUGGGCUAUUUUCACUGAAGGAGCUCAACUUAGCUGGGUGCUGGAUAGUAACAAUUGAUAGAUAUUCCUUUGCUCAAUUUCCAAAUUUAGAGCUCUUAGAUCUUGGAGCCAACAAUAUCCGGACUCUCAACCGUGGAACCUUCCGAUGUCUGAAAAAACUCAGUGUUUUGAUUCUCUCCCACAACCGCCUGGAAAUUAUAGAGCCCAGUGCCUUUUCCGGUCUCACUUACCUACAUCACCUUGACCUGGUGUACAAUAGCUUGUCAUAUUUUCAUAAACACCUUUUCUCGGACCUGGAAAAGCUGCAGGUUUUGAAACUCGGUUUUAAUAAGAUCAAAUAUGAAACCACUAGGACCCUUCAAUACCCUCCAUUUAUGAAGCUCAAGUCUUUGAAACAGCUCAGUCUAGAAGGACAACAAAAUGGGAUUCAGGUUGUUCCAAGCAACUUUUUCCAAGGGUUGAGUAGCUUGCAGGAGUUACUCCUAGGAAAAAAUCCCUCCAUAUUCCUGGACCACCGCCAAUUUGACCCUCUGAUUAAUCUCACCAAGUUGGAUAUCUCAGGAACAAAAGGUGGAGAUCGAAGUCUCUAUUUAAAUGCUUCCUUAUUCAAAAAACUCAAAAGGCUAAAGAUCCUGCGCCUUGAAAAUAACAACUUGGAUUCGUUGGUUCCUGGCAUGUUCUCCAGCUUACAGAGCCUACAGGUCUUAUCUUUAAGAUUCAACAACUUGAAGGUCAUUAAUCAAAGUCAUCUGGAGAAUCUGAAAUCAUUGAUGUUUUUUGAUGUCUAUGGGAACAAACUUCAGUGCAACUGUGACAAUAUGUGGUUCAAGAACUGGUCAAUGAACACAGGGGAGGUCCACGUCCCCUUCCUCCGGAGCUACCCUUGUCAGCAGCCAGAGAGCCAGAGUUUGCUUAUAGAUUUUGAUGAUGCCAUGUGUAAUUUUGACUUCGGAAUGGUCUACUUCUUCUGUUCCUUCAGUGUAGUUCUCACCACCAUGGUCUUCUCUUGGUUCAGUGCCAAGAUGAUUUCCUCUCUGUGGUAUGGUUUGUACAUAUGUAGGGCUUGGUACCUCACUAAAUGGAACAAAACAGAGAAGAAGUUCUUGUAUGAUGCAUUUGUCUCUUUCUCAGCCACCGAUGAGGAGUGGGUAUAUAAAGAGCUUGUUCCAGCCCUAGAAGAAGGCAGCCAGACCACCUUUAAGCUCUGUCUUCACCACCGGGACUUUGAACCUGGCAUUGACAUCUUUGAGAACAUCCAGAAUGCAAUCAACACAAGCCGGAAAACUUUGUGUGUGGUCAGUAACCAGUACCUGCACAGUGAAUGGUGCCGGCUUGAAGUCCAGCUGGCCAGCAUGAAGAUGUUCUAUGAGCACAAGGAUGUCAUUAUCUUGAUUUUCCUUGAAGAGAUUCCUAACUAUAGGCUGUCCAGCUACCACCGACUCAGGAAACUCAUAAACAGACAGACAUUUAUCACCUGGCCAGACAGUGCUCACCAGCAGCCGCUCUUCUGGGCUCGCAUUAGAAAUGCACUGGGCAAUGAGACUGUGGAGAAAGAAAAUACACAUCUAAUUGUUGUCGAGUGACUGAAAGUCUUAUAACCCCAAAUCCGGCUGCAUAAUGUUACCCAAAAUACAUGUAAGCUGAGUUGACUAAUGAACCCACUCUUUGGGGACAAAGGCAGGGGUUGCUUAUAACUGUAAGACCUAGGACCAUUUGGC